GUGUCAAACGUCAAGGAAGAGAAGAGAGUGUGAAAAAAAUGGCAAAGGCGUCGAUGUGAACGUCGGCUUUUAACGUGUUAUUAUUAUUUUAACUCAGCCAUGAACUCAAUCACCGACAGUCUGAUAAGUUGGCUUCAGACGUUCAACGUUUCUGCCCCGCACAAGACCGUCGAUCAGCUGUCCGAUGGAGUUGCGCUCGCCCAAGUAUUGCACAAAAUUGACCCAGACUUCUUCGACUCAUCCUGGCUGACGAAGGUCAAAACCGACGUGGGAAGCAACUGGCGACUCAAAUUCAGCAACCUGAAGAAGAUUCUCAAAUCGAUUAUCGACUAUUACAAUGAGGUACUGUUCCAGCAAAUCACAGAGUUUCGCUUUCCUGACGUCGGUGCCAUCGCGGAGCGGGGAAGCCGAGACGAAAUGGGACGCCUCCUACAACUGAUCCUCGGGUGUGCCGUAAACUGCUCCAGGAAACAGGAAUAUAUUCAAGUCAUUAUGGGUCUCGAGGAGGCUGUCCAGCAUGUUGUGAUGAAAGCUAUUCAGGAGCUUAUAACGAAGGAAAGCCCCAGCAGCUACACUGGUGACAACUUCGAGCUCAAUGAGCAGUUGAAGAAGGCCCUGGAUGAACUGCACACAACUGCGCAGGCUAAAGAGCAGAUCACGCAACGGUGCCACGAGUUGGACUUGCAGGUUACGAUGCUUCAAGACGAGAAGGUGAGCCUGAUGCAGGAAAACGAGAAGCUGAUGGAGAAGCUCAACCAUGUUGAAAACUUGGAGGAUCCCAGCACACCAGCGGGAAGGCGAUAUCAGCAAUCCCAGCAACGGAUAGAUGCACUGCAGGCUGAAGUCUUCAAGCUGGAAACUGCGAAAGAUGAACUACGAAUCAAGGUGGAAUUUCAAGAGAAGGAGAUUCUGAACCUUCAGGAAAAGAAUGAAGAGUUGCACAAAAUGUUGAAUGAAGCUCAGAAUUUGAAAGAUGAACUGGACGUCUUGAGGCACACAUCAGACAAAGUGGAGCACUAUGAAGCUGCAAUCGAAACCUACAAAAAGAAGUUGGAGGACAUGAGUGACCUCAAAAGGCAGCUCAAGUUACUGGAGGAAAAGAAUACCUCGUACAUGCAGACCAACAUCGAGCUUGAGGAGGAUGUGAAAAAAAUGGCAGCAUUCAAGUCGCAGGCAGACCUGUACAAGAAGCAGACGCAGGAGCUGCGGCUUCAGUUGGCCGAUGAGACGCGGAAGGCCAAUCGUGCCGAAUUUGAGGCCAAGAAGCUUCAUGAGAAGUUGGCUUCACUGCAGACCGAGAAGGAGCGACUUGUUGCUGAACGAGACUCCUUGAAAGAAGGCCUGGAAGAUCUGCGCUGCUCUCAACUCCAAAAAGAGAGCUCCCACGUGCAGAGCGGUGCCAAGGUCGUUGGAGCGAUCUCCGACUCUGACAUGCUCGAGACAGUUCCGCCCGAAAUCAAGGAGAAACUCAUCAGGCUUCAGCAUGAAAACAAAAUGCUGAAGUUGGAAUGGAGCUCGAGUGAGGGCCAGCAAGUGACCUUGCUGAAGACCAUGCUUGAAGAUGCACAGUCACGCCAGAACGACCUGGAAACGGAAGUCAGACUUCUGAGCCAGCGCAACCUGGAGCUGGAGAGCCAGUUGGAGGACAGCCGGGAGGCAGCGUCAGCGCACGAGGGGGCCGAGGCACGACAGCAGCUAGCCCUGGCACAGCGCCGCUGCAAGGAGCUGGAGGGCCAGCUACGCGAGCGUGAGGCCAGCCUCGAGGCCAUGGCGACACGUCUAGCCGAGUCCUGCGAGAGCCAGUCCGAGUUGACGGAGCAGCUUGAGAAGAAAGCGGAAGAGACGAGGGUCAUGGAAGAGCGAUAUCAGAAGUACCUUGAAAAGGCCAAGAACGUGAUCCGCACGCUGGACACACGAUCGCCGUCAAGCGCCGAGGUGGUUGCACUGCGUAACCAGCUUCAGGACAAGGCCAAGCACAUUAGCCAGCUGCAACAGGAGCUGGAGAUGUUCAAGGCACAGUGGGAGAAGGAGGAGCGACUCAUCAGCACGGCCUUCUACAACUUCGGAGCAAAGUCGCAGCAGAGGUCAGCCGAGGAACGCAUCGUCCAACUGACUGGUGGCCAGUCUUUCCUGGCAAGGCAACGUCAGGCCACUUCUAAGCGCCACAAUUUGCCUGGCGUUCAAACAAGUGAAUUCUUUGAGUGAGAAUGUCAUCAGCCUGUGUGUCUUCGACAUAGCCGGACAGACAGAGGGGAAAAAAAAAAAAAAAGAGCAUGAGCACUCUUCUCAAUCGACACACCAUAGCGACCGCAAGUGCUCGGUCCCCCACCCGUCCCUCGCCUUCUGCUCGGCAUGAUGACCUGCAGCUCGAAGACUACAUACCUACAUCAUCGCGCAGCUUCUUAGUUCCCUACCCCAUCCUUCUUUUUAUUUCCACUACACCAUUUUGUUGCUGUACCGCCGCUGCUUCUCUGUACGCGGUGUGUGUUUGCAUGUACCAACAUUCCAUUGCCUUGACUAGCGACCUGUGCCUGUAGUCGUUGACAGCCUAAGAAUGCAGCGGCAGAUACAUAGCUGCAAUUCGAAGGUAAUUUUUGUAGAGGUGCCACCAGCUAACUACCAUAUUUGCUCGAUUGUAACGUGAACUUGUUUUCUGGGAAAUUAACUAAAAUAUGAUAUGAAAGUUGGAAUCAAGAUGAAAACGAAAGCUGCUGUAGGUAGUGGCCAAAUACCAGCUCCCACUUUUGAAGGCCGAACAUUGUGGUACUGCGGUUGCCAGAAGCCCGUGCAAGCGCCAGAAGUUCGUCAUAAUUGGAGGCCCUGGAUGGUGCCACCAAGUGAUGCCUGGUCCUGUGUGUCUGAAAUGCAACACAUUUUUAUUUUUCCGAGGGAGAGCAAAUCACUAUUCCUCUUUCACCAUAAAAAUGUGGUGAGAGAACGAUCAGGUGUGUUGCAUUUUCUUUUAAGUAUGAAAAUCAAAGUGCACAUUAUAAUUGAGGGUGUGUUACAGUCGAGUAAAUACAGUAGAUUAGCUCAUUUCCAUAAUGGCACAGGGAAGGUGAAUUUUCUUUUAAAUACUUUACAUAUCUCUGAGAAUGUUUCAGAGCAUAUUAGAGCAUAGAGGAAUGCUGAUGUUUGAUUUUAUGCUUGAGUUUGUGGAGCUUCUUCUAAACUCUUAAGUUAAAAAGAGUAUGUUGUGAUGGGUUUGGGAAUGUUCUACUGUGUUGGCACUGUGUUGGCAGCCUUGUCACAGCUGUUGACACGGGACAUGUCGCGUUACCUGUGUCCUUGUUGUCACCUGCACAGCCCGCCUUACUACACGAGGCUUACCUCCAACAGCCUUGUUCCCAGCAACGUUUGCGGAUUUAAAAUAUUCACUACCUUAGGACGUUUGUGCCACACAUUGUGUGACACAGCAGCAGUUGGUCUAUGCAAAGGGCACUUGUUGAGCCAUCAGUUAUGUGCACGCACUAAAUUGCCUUCCUAACAUUCAACCCUCACUACUGUGCAAAGCAUUUCACUGGGCAGAAGCAGCCUCUACAACUUUGUGUGUGUCUUUUCAUGCGGCCACAGUGGCUACCCAUCUGACAUUUCCAGAGCAUGUAAAUAUGACCCCAGCCUUUUUAAUUUUCCUAGUUCAGUCUUGCUGUUUAGUCAAGCAGUGGUAAAACCACUAUGGGGUGAAAGUACUUUUGUGUUGGCUGUACCCCUAAUUUCGCGAGGUAAUCUUUUUCUGCCUGGAGCUCAGGCUGUCAUUGCAAAUGCCCAUAAUGUGUUUGAACCUGUUCAGCCAUUGAAGGCCUUGUCUUUUUAUAAGAGUGGAAAAUUGCUCACUUGCAAAGGAUUUCACUCGUAGUACUCGAAUCUCUCACAUCCACAACAAAAUAGUCCAGGUGCUGUCUUUCUUUAGUUGUGCAAUAAUAUAUGGCACAGCAGUGGGUAAACAAAACAAGCCCCACCCUGGUGCAAACCUUUCUAAAAAACAUCGCCCACAUUGUCCCCUUGUUUUCCCUGUUGGUCUCCAUAUUCUUGAGACUCCACUGUUAAAUUGUACAGGUUUUUACAGUAUCUUUGGUGAUGUAACUAUUUUAAGUGAGGCAUUGCUUUUAAAAUAUGAUCAGUUCUUACUGUACUGCAUCUCGCUAACUGCAUGCAUUACAGUGAAAGCUACAGGUCACGUCAGCCAACUAGAAUAGAGAAGCAGGACUUUAUUCCUCUCUUUUAUCUUUGAACUUAACUUUAUGCCAUGAGCAAGUUAGCCCAGCGUCUUUGUUAAACCAGUACUCCUCUACUGUCCAUGCAACGUUUCAUGAAAGGAUCAUUGGCCCCAAUGGGCAAGGCCUCCUUCUCUUCUCAUAACAACAGCUGCCCACAUAGCCAAUUGGCUGACACGAGCCUUAGCCUUUGCUUCAUUGCGUAGAGUUGGCGAGAGGGCACACAGCAUCUUUCUGCGUGUCCAGGCAACACAUUUGCCCGUUUGCGCAUCUAAGCAGUCUCGGGUCAUCCGAGAAGCUGCUCAGAAUAUUGUCAGUCUAUAUUCGCUGAAGGCCGAAUCAUUGCUUUUAUGUAUACAAUCUUUAGUGUUUUUAAGAAUAGUGAACUGAGGUAGUUGAUCUUGAUUAAUGCUUAAAAAUAUGGCGCAUAAACAGGCAGACAUAGUGAAGAGCACUCAUGUUGCGUUAUGUUGCCCAUGUCUUCCUCCGUUUUAUGCGCAGAAUUCAUCUACAUUGGUGUUCUUGUAUUAGAAACCGCAGACGAGGUUUCAGCAACCACUGCCAGUGUUUUUUGUACUUUUGAGAUGCAGUGUUUUCUCUACCAAAGUGCAAUUGAAUGAAUGAUGUGUCGCUGCAGUCGUAAGGAUUUCUUUCACGUUAGGCUUUAAUUUUGCCUGUACUUUGUGCCUCACAAUGCCCUUCUCUGUUUAAGCGACUGGUCUUAUUCUAGACAUAAUAGAAUGGCUUUGCAGUGGUGAAAAGUGCUUAUGCGUAUCUGUACAUAUUUACAUUGCAUUUGAGAUGUUUAGCUUCUGAAUGGGGUGAUUUGCCCGGUUAUUGUGUAUGCAAUAUUUAUGGAGAGAAAUAAAAGUUUUCUAAAGCUGCU